UUCUUGGUUCUCUUUUAUAAUCUUGUUCAUCUUCAAUCAUCAUCCUGAUCAACCUCAUGUUUCAAUUUUUCAUCAAAACCAGGGAGAAAAAGUGAAUUAAAAACAAUUUGAAUGUAAAUAGGAAAAGGACAAAAUGUAAUCCAAUGUUUACUCUCAUCUGAUAUUUGCUUUAUUACAUUGCCAGUUUGUUUUUUACAUCUUUACAGUAAUGUUUCCUUCAUUUAAAAUUAUUUCUCCAACAAUUUGUUGAUUCUUCCAUUAAAUGUUAUUAAAUUAACAGAGAUGAUCAAAUGUUACAGUUGUAAACAUAACCAAUAGAAAGCAAAGUAAAUGUUAUUACACAAAAAUUACGUAAAAGUGGCGUGUUUCAUCUUAUUUCACGGAAAGGGUUCAUUUGGCUGAGCUUUCACUUUCAAUAUUAAUAGCGAUUGAUUAAGUUGACUUUCAAUAAAUGAUAAUGGACUGAUGAUUAGUUUACUCUCGAUAUAAUUGUAUUGUGAUUAAUCUAACAAGUUGGAUCGAGAGGUAAAUAGGUAAAGAGCAAAAAAUCUGGUUUUUCAUCAUUGAAGGUAAACAAAAUUUCUCGUCUAAUGUUUUAUUUUAAUUCAUUGUAUCUUUCAAAAUGAUAUCAUUAGUAAAUCAUUUCAAAUUUAAAUUAAAACCUUAUGAUUUAAUUAAUUUGCAACAAGAAACAAACCACUGGCCUGGUUUGCAUUAUGCUCCAAUGAACUACAUAACCAUUUGACCAUGUAAAGUAACCAAAAAACUAGCCCAAGUUUGGUUCCUAAACUUGUUUUCAUUUCAUCAUUUUGUUGCCAUUAUGUCAUUUCCCUGAUCCUAAUGAAUAUAUGCAUUCCCAUGGUUACUCUGUUAAUUGUCACAUUAUCUUUGAGUAUAACUUUCAAUAAAGGUUGCACUUUUCAAUAAUCAUUCAACUUGUUACAAACCUUUCAAUCAGUACGCAACGAAAAGCCUGAGUUUGUAUCAAAAUCAACACUUGCAAAUCAUUUGCAAGAUUGAAUUGUCAAUCUUGACCAUAAUUCAAUGAUUAAACCAGUUGGUUGGAAUAUAUUUUUCAUGUUUAACCAGAAAAGUUGUUGAAAAAGUCGUUUUUCUUUCACUUCUAGGUUACAAUUUUGAUUCCUGGUUAGAUUAAUCAACAGAUUGUGCCAAUGAUCAAGACACAAUUAGGGUAAAAUUUCCUUCUCCUAAAGUGCUUCUGAUUACAUCUUGUUCCUUAACCAACUAAACUUCAAUUUAUUAACAAGUUGAACCGGUUUUCUGGCUUGUUUACACUUAAUUUAUCAAUUUUACCGUUUUGUGAUCAAAUCUUUUCAAAUGGAAUCCCUUGUUUCCAAAUUAAUCAUCACAUUAAUUGUGCUUAAUCUUGUUCUAUCGUCUAACCGAUCCAAAUGUUUUGCCCUUUACCAUGGAUUUGAAGAUAUCGAUGGUCCCCUGACUCGAAUCAAGCGUCAAGAAAGUGGAGUGGAAGAUGAAUCUUCACGUACUUUGGUUUGUGAUUUUGGUUCAGGAUCAUUGUUAUCCGAAUGCUCCUGGACUUACCCAAUGGACGAUCAUCCAAAUGUCCAUUGGAGUAAAGGCCAAGGUACAACAGCUUACUGGCUUGGUGGGCCGUUAGUUGAUCAUACAUUAGGUGAUUCAAAUGGUGGAUACAUUUACUUUGAAACAUCAUACAAAGUGGUUGGUCGAGUGUUUUCCAGUGCAGCUCUUGAAAGUGACAAAACUGCUUCAGUGAAAGUUCCAGUUAAAGAUGAUUUACUGAAUGGCCAAUCCUCUCUCCACAGCAACCUAACCAAUGGACAAGGCAAUGGUUUACAAUCUCAAGGAAGCUUAGGAGGUCCAGGUGGAGGUUCAUCUUUAGAUGGACGCUCAGCCUCUUCUUUGGGUAGUCGCUUGUCUGACAAACUGGCCAUCUUUAAACAACCCUUGCUUCGUCUAACUCUCGAUGAUCCAAUCGUCACCAUUCCUGACAAGGCUCAUCUUGAAAGUCCAAACAUUACCAGAACCGGACCAGUUGGCCAUUGUAUUGGAUUUUUUUUCAACAUUGACGGACUUUCAGCGGAAAAACUCAGACUUUUGGUUAAAGAUACUGAAACCUCGGAAAAUCAAACUCUCUGGGAAUCACGAACUCAUACAGACGGUGCUUGGAUAAGAGCAGAGGUUGCAUAUACUUAUGAGACUUUUCACCAGAUUAUCUUGGAAGGUGUUGCUAAAAGCUCAAAUGAACCUGAACGAGCUUACAGAGGUUAUGUUGCUGUUGAUGAUAUAUCAAUAUCUCCAUUGGAAGAGACUGAAGGAGUUUGUCAUGGCCAUUGUACCUUCGAAGGUGGAAUGUGUGGUUGGACCAAUGAACCCGAAGCUGAUGAUUUUGAUUGGAAAUUGGGUCGAGGCUCGGACAAUUUUUUCACCGGACCAGCCAGAGAUUAUUACAGCUUCAGUAAAGAGUAUCCACUUGGAGGUUUCCUUUAUAUUAGUGCAGCUUAUCCACGUCGACCAGGAGAUAAAGCUGUACUAAUUAGUCCUUCAUUUCCAGCCACAGUUAGUGGACCGUUUUGUUUCAAAUUUGCUACUCAUAUGUAUGGUAAUGGAAUUGGUACAUUGAGAGUUAAAUAUCGCCCAGGUGAAAGUAAAGAUGAUAAAUCAGAUAAAAUUUUAUGGGAAAUGUCAGGUGAAUCUGGCAAUAAUUGGUAUCAAGCUCAACUUCCCAUUGCUUCAGCUGUGGCAUUUAAUAUAAUAUUUGAAGGAAUCAUUGGACCCAAUUAUUUAGGAAACAUUGCCAUUGACAGUAUAUCUAUUGAACAAGGAGUUUGUCCAAUUUCACCACAAACUGCAGCCAGAAAAUCUGGUGAUUGUACCUUUGAGGAAAACAUGUGUUAUUGGACAAAUCCGUUGCCCCAUAGUGGAGUCGAUGAUUUUGACUGGAUCAGACAGUUUAGCUUUGGUAAUUAUGGCCCUAAACAUGACCAUACCAAGAAAAAUGCCAAUGGUUACUUCCUAAGUCUUAAUGGUGAUGCCAUUCAACCCUUGAGAGGUGGAACCUCGGCAUGGAUAAUUAGCCCUGAAUUUGAAUCAAAUCCUGAUUUACCCAAAUGCAUGUCCUUUCACUAUUUCAUGUAUCAACGAGUAAUUGAACCUGGUGGACCCAAUCUUGGCGGUUUAAGGGUUUAUUUACGAACAGUUGGCGACUUUGGUGAAACGAUAUUAAUUCCUAUUUGGAAACUGAAUAAUCAUCAAUCAUUGAAAUGGCGGCGAGCUCAGGUUCCUUUAGGAGUUAAAAGUAAAGAUGGUGAUGAGGUUAAAGUUAAACCUCCUAAAAAUAUUUAUCAAGUUGUAAUUGAAGGUAUUUGGGGUGAUGCUAGGGUUGGUUCAAUUGCUCUUGAUGAUAUCAGCUUUUUUGAUGGUAGCUGUAAUGUGAUUCCUGCCAAUGCUGAAGCUGUUCCUGGUGAAUGUUCAUUUGAUAAAACACUUUGUGGUUGGAAAAACGAAACUCGGAUACCAAUUAGUAAACCCGGCCAACUGUUAUCAACAGUAUCGAAAGAUUCCUUGAUAUCACAUAAAAAUGCCGUUUCUUCCAUUCGCUCCAAUCUCAAUGAUCCCAAAGUGAUUCCAGUUUCAUGGAAACUAGCAUCACCUAAUGUUCGCCCAGCAAACCUUCAAGAUCAUACCUUCCGAGCUCCUGUUGGUUACGUCUAUUUUGAUGUGUUCAAUCAAAAUACCUUGCAAAGUCCAACUCUUCGAAGUCCUAAAUUUCCAGCUAUAACAGGAGACUCAACAAAGGCUUGUUUAAGUUUCUGGUUUUCUGGUUUUGGUCGAGGAGAAUCAACCACUCUUAACAUUUAUCAAAUUAGCGGAGGUGAAACAAGUUCAGAUGCAGAUAUCGGAGACACCAGUAGUACCUCAUCUCCAGGAGGGGAAAAGGCCGGGGAAAAGGAGCCAAGAACUCUUUUAUGGUCAAUUCAAGCUCGAUUCCUCGAGACGAGAAGAAGUCUUUGGUAUUAUGGACAAGUUACUGUCAAUGGUGAAACACCAUAUCAGAUUCUGGUUGAAGGUGAAGCUGUUGACGGAGGUUAUGCUCUUGAUGAUGUUACAUUUUACAACGGAACUUGUCAAACACGACCCAUUGAAGCUGCUGUUAAACCCAAAGUAGAGGAAUAAUCAGCUGGUUAUUUUAUUCAAUGUUUAUAUUCAUCAUCAUUAAUCAUUCUCACCACCAUUUUCAUAGCUACCAUCUUCAUAGCCGUUAACAACAUCUAUAUUCAUCAACAUAAUGGACGAAACCUACAAAUCUCACCUUAACAAGUCAGCUUUAAUGAAGUACCCAUUACAUCAACUACUGACCACUUAAUUGUUGAACAAUUAACUUUCCUAAGUAGUGAAACAAAUUCGGUAAAUUUAACCUUAAAGAUUAUGUUUGCUUCAGUCAACCUUUUUUUACCAUUAUUAAUAUCAUUUGAAUUAUCGUCAUGUAAUGUAAAAGUUGUUGUUACAUUACCAUUUAUUGUUAACCUUACUUGAUUAACUAUACUUACUUUCAUCAACUUGCUACCCGUUAAUUGUGAAUCGUGUUAAUUUCAUCUUCAUUCAUUUUUUUGCUAACAGUUAAUAGAAACAGUUGGAGACUGAUUAAUUUACCUGAAGGCCAUUGUUUUAUAACAGCCAAAAACAACAAUUACUAUUACAAUUGAAUAUUGUACAAUAUACUUUUUAUUUUAAAAUCUAAUUACUACAAUUAAUAACUCUCUAAUCAACAUUUAACUAAACCAUUUUUAUUCAUUAAUUGCUGUUCAAAUGUUAAAGAGAUGAAAGCAAAAAUUUUGAUAAGUAAAUAAAAAAUGGUCAACAUAAAGAAAA